AUGGAUAGAUAUAUCAAAGAAUAUGUCUUUCCGAUCACACCAUUACACGAUAAGCAACAUGCUUUUCGAACAGGACAUUCAGUUGAGACGGCAUUGCACAAUGUAACAUUGGCAAUCGAAAAGGCGCUAAAAGUAAAGCACUAUACCAUCGGAUGUUUCUUGGAUAUAGAAGGAGCAUUCAAUAUGACAUCAGUGGAAGUCUUGGUAACGGCAAUGGAUGAAUUUAAUCUUUACCCGAAACUUACGAUGUGGAUUACCAAUAUGCUGACUAAAAGAAGGUUAGUAGCAACCAGAGGGGGCCAUACGGUUUCAGGGUACGUAAACAAAGGAUGCCCGCAAGGAGGGAUAUUAUCACCACUAUUAUGGUGCUUGGCGGUAAAUUCGUUACUACAAGCAUUGGAAGGAUGCGGUGUAAUUAUAUCAGCAUACGCGGAUGACGUAGUGUUCUUGGCUAUCAGCGGAGAUAUCCAGGAGGCAUACGAUAAAGCACAGGAGGCAUUGGAAAUCCUUAAGAUGUGGUGUGAUAGUACGGGGCUAUCGGUCAAUCCAGAUAAACUGGAGGUGGUACGCUUUACUAAGCGAAUAAAGAUACCAGCAACAGAACCACUAAGAUACGAAGGUAAAGAACUAAAGUUAGUGGAUGAAGUAAAGUUUUUAGGAGUCCUGUUCACUAAGAAGCUAUUGUGGAGAAGACACGUUUUUAACAAAAUCACGUGUGGAAAGAAUAAUUUAUACAUGGUGAGUAGAGCAAUCGGUGGAACAUGGGGCUUUUCCCCUCGCAUAACAAAUUGGAUAUAUAAAUCCAUAGUGGUGCCAAGGGUGACCCAUGGUGCCAUUGCCUGGUGGCAGGCGGCAAAGAUGACUACGGUAAGGAAUAAACUUAAUAGUCUCCAAGGGUUGGCGCUGAGAAGAGCUCUGGGUUCGUUAAGUACUACUCCAUUGAGAGCAAUGGAAGUACUAACGAAUACAACCCCGUUGGACACGGUUAUUUUAGACAUUGCAGUUCGAACGGCGCAUAGGCUGAAAUGCUGGAAUAGCUGGACCGAGAAUGGAUUUGGGCACGCGUCGAUUGUGCAAAGCGAGGCGAAUGUAGAGCUGAAUCAAUGGAUGAACAAGACAGAUGCGCUCUCAGUAUGGUGCCGCAGCAACUCUUUCAGUCAGGCGGUGUUGCUGAGUGUACAAAGGCGCAUGCAUACAUCGGUAACGGCUAGAAGAUGCAAGGAGCAUCUUAACGAACUGGCGUCUAGGGGCAACAAGGUAAUGUUGUGUUGGGUGCCGGGUCAUAAAGGUAUUCCAGGUAACGAAUUGGCGGACAGAUUGGCGAAUAUGGGGUCAGGUAGAGCACCUCCGGAGGGGGUACCUAGGCUGGUGCCGUUAGCAGAAGCGGUAUUCACUCUCGGUAGGAAGAGAUGGUGUUUGGAACAGAGAAAGAGGAAAUGGGACACAGCAGUAGGAUGCAGAGUGGCCAAAAGGUUGAUAGGGCCGAAUCCAAUUUACAAAAAUUGGAAGGAGCUAAUGGAUCUUCCGCGAGAGGACACGCGGAGGGUGGUGGGAUUAUUAACAGGUCACGCCAUAUUAAAUCACCACUUAACGCGAAUGGGGGAGUUGCAGGAUGAGUGCUGCGAAUUUUGCGAGGAAGAGGUAGAAUCGGCAGAACACAUCUUGAUGCGCUGCCCAAGAUUGAUGGAACCCCGGUUUAAGAGGCUUCGUAAAGCGAUACUGGAAGCCGAGGAUGUACCCCAGUUAUCGGUGAAGGGAAUUCAGGAAUUUGCACAGGAUGUAGACAGGAUUAGACCAAGGGAGGAGGAAGAGGAGGAAGAGGAGGUGUGGUGA